CGGCGGGAGGGAGCGAUGGCGCGGCCGCUGAUCCUCGGGCUCCUCAGCCUCUUCGGGCUUCUGGCCGCCGCUUUGGCAAGCCCUGUGCUGUGGCAGAAGGAGUGUGUGAAGGGGCCGGAGGUGUGGUGCCAGAGCAUCCGCACGGCGUCGCAGUGCGGGGCGGUGAAACACUGCCAGCAGAAUGUCUGGAGCAAGCCUGCUGUGAGCAGUAUUCCCUGUGACUUGUGUAAGGAGCUUGUGACUGUUGCUGGCAAAGUUUUGAAGGAUAAUGGCACUGAGGAUGAGAUCCGAUCUUACUUGGAAAAGACGUGUGAGUUUCUUCCUGACCCAGGCCUUGUCUCUGAGUGCAAAGAGAUUGUGGAUUCCUACUUGCCAGUUAUCAUGGAUAUGAUCAAGGAAGAGCUUGAUAAACCUGAGGUUGUGUGCAGUGCCCUCGCUCUGUGCCAGUCCCUUCAGAAGCACCUUGCAGCAAUGAAGCUCCAGAAACAGCUCCAGACCAACAAGAUCCCAGAGCUGGAUUUCUCUGAGCUGGCAUCUCCGUUCAUGGCCAAUGUGCCUCUCCUCCUUUACCCUCAGGAAAAGCCUAAGCAGAAGCCUAAGGCGAGUGGGGAUGUGUGCCAAGAUUGCAUUCAGCUGGUCACUGAUGUUCAGGAAGCUGUGAAGACAAACUCCUCUUUUGUGAAGUCUUUGGUUGCUCAUGCCAAGGAGGAGUGUGACCGUUUGGGACCUGGGAUGUCCGAUAUGUGCAAGACCUACAUUUCUGAGUAUUCUGACUUGGCCAUCCAGAUGAUGAUGCACAUGAAGGAUCAGCAACCAAAAGACAUUUGUGCCAUGGUUGGGUUCUGUUCUUCGGUGAAGUCUGUUCCCCUUCAGCCUCUGGUGCCAGCUCAGGUGGUUCAUGAGGUGAAAAUGGAAAUUGUGGAGAAGGUCGCAGUCCAAGAGAAGUCUUUUUCCUUGUGUGAAAUCUGUGAGACCAUGGUGAAAGAAGUGACUGGCCUCUUGGAGAGCAACAAGACAAAGGAGGAGAUUGUGCAUGAGAUGGAGGUGGUCUGCCGCCUGUUCCCAGGAAGUGUCAAGGACCAGUGCAAGGACUUCAUUGAGGUCUAUGGCCAGGCUGUGAUUGACAUGCUCCUGGAGGCAACAAGUCCUGAAGCUGUGUGUGCCAUGCUGAAAUGCUGUGCAGCCAGCAAGCUUCCCCAGCAGCCAGUUGUAGUGAAACCUGCAGGUGGCUUCUGUGAUAUCUGCAAGAUGGUGGUGGCUUAUGCAGACAAAGAGCUAGAGAAGAAUGCCACGACAGCUGAAAUUGAAGCUUUACUGGAAAAAGUCUGUCACUUCCUGCCAGAGUCUGUCAGUGAUCAGUGUGUGCAGUUUGUGGAACAGUAUGAACCCGUGGUUGUGCAACUCCUGGCAGAAGUGAUGGAUCCCACUUUUGUUUGCACUAAACUCGGAGUCUGUGAGUCAGCCAAAGAGCCUCUCCUGGGGAAUGAUGCCUGUGUCUGGGGUCCUGGCUACUGGUGUAAGAACAUGGACACUGCUGCCCAGUGCAAUGCUGUUGAUCACUGCAGACGUCAUGUGUGGAACUAGAAGAAGAAUUUCCAGUUCUGAAAGUUUGCCAUGGCUCUUAGGAAAUGUGGGCCGAGGUUGGCGGAGAGCUGUAUCUCACCUGCCCCUCCUCUCUGCCUCAUUAACAAUUUGACCUUCAAGUUCCUUUGUUGUAACUCUUCUGUAGCAGUGCUGCUGUUGAAGGAUCAGAUUUUCAUUGUUGACUUAACAAAGAUAUUUCUGAUUGUACAGUUUAACCCAUUAUGCUAAAAAUAGUCAGUGUGUUGUAGAUUUUUUUUUUAAAUUGGUAGCUGAAUGGUUUUUUAUGUGCUGGGAAGAAUGACAGAGAUAGCAAAAUAAGGCUCUUAUCUUUUAAUUUAAAAACAAGAGCAAGAUGGCAACUAAACUUUCAAAUGUGUUUCUGUAGGCAGCAUUGGUAAGAUUUUACAUGCUUUGCAUUUUUAACAUCUGGCUGGAGUGUUUAUUUUCUGUCUAUGGGAACUCUAAGGGAUAAUGUUGAAUCUGGGAAUCCUUUGGGCUGGAAUUUUCAAAGCUCUUACAGAUGCAGAGAAGGGGGCUUUGUGUGCCCAGCUAACUUUUAAAGUCAAUGGUACUUAAAAAGGUGCAUCUGAGUGAUCAGCCUUUUGCAUUUGAGUGACCAGGCUUGUGGCUCGUGGUGUUGUUGUAGCUAAGAAAAACCCUCCCUCAGCCUUCCAUCACAUCCUUCUGAUUUCCUUGGACUCAGUCUCAGCACAGGUGUUCUGCUGCCAAGCCCAGUGGGAUAUCAGUCUCCUGAAGCAUGCUGGCUUACCUGAGCGAUGACUCCCUUUUUUUUUUUCUUUUCCUAGUUGCUCAAUUCUGCUUGGUCUUGCAGCUUCCCACAGGCUGGGUGCUGAGGAGGUAGCGUGAGCUGUUGCUGGAAGAUGGAGGGAGGAUCAGGUCAGCAGGAGCUGGGAAUAUGUCAAAGGCAGUUCAGUGGAAUGUGUGGAAAAGCAGGAUUUUAUCAUAACCUGUUUGUUCCCUGCUCUGCUUUUUCUCUCUCACAGCUUAUUUCAGUCACCUAAAACUUAGAGGUGCUGUGAGGCCUGGGGGCACCUCCCACUGCUGCCCACCCACUCUCACUGACGCCCUGCUGAGUAACUGGAGGUAUGGAUUGUUAUCCAGAGUUCCCAUUUCUGUUGGGAAAUGCAGCAAGCAGAGAGGGCAGGUGGUAGGAGCACUGAAGUGUAGGUAUUUGAGGUUCUGCUGGCACACUUGACAGCCUUUUGCACCUCUCUGAAAUUUCACUUAAAUGGCUUGAAAUCCCACCCAACAAAGCCUUCAAGGCAGGCUGCUACCCUGGGAACAUGGCAGGCCCUUGAUGUGAAGGAUCCUUGAGAGUGAGAAUCCUGCUUGUAUUGCUUGGGACAGACCUUGCAUUGGGUGUACACUUCAGAUCAAGUUAAUCCCUAAAGCAGAGGCACCGAAGUUGCUCUGAGGGCACCUUUUGGGAAGGAGCAGCUGGGUGCAGAUGUGGAGCUUUGAAAAUUCCAGUCCUGUUCAGAAAGAUGCUGGUAGCUCCUGCUGUUCCUGUGGAGUGUGGGGCAUGCAGGAGCUCCAGUCACAAUGCUGUAGCAGCAAGCAGAGUAUUUUUCAUUGGAAAACCACUGGACUGCAGGUUUUAGUUGAUCUGUGUAUGUAUUAAAAGCCUGGGCAGUGCUGACAGGUGGCAACAGAGGUGGUUCUCUCUCCCCUGUUUCCUGAAUGCUGAAGCACUCAUGGCUUUAAAUAAGAGGGGGAAAAAAUAAAAAGGAAAAAGAAAAUUUCCCCUAAAGACAUAAAAUACCUGCAGCUUUGUGCCCUGGCAGGCUCGUGCAGUGGUUCUGGUAGUGUAUCCCAGCUGGGGUAGAUGGAGGAGAUAGGAGCUGGGCUCUGUUCCUUCGGCACCGCUGCCCUGGAGGGACGGGUUCUGUUAUACCGCGGCACAGAGGGUGGCAUUUGCUAUUUCAAACUGGCUGCUGUGGAUCUUUCUUGGGGGAGGUGGGGCUGCAUUGACAUCUUGGCAGGUUGGGAAGGUUUUAUUUUCCUGGAGUUUUUAGUAGGAUUCAUGCUGGAGACCUGCUGGGCAAGGUGAACCAGGGGAAGUCCUGUGUUGCUGCUGGGAGUCCCUUUAGUUUUCUCCCUUCCUGUGGACUGUGGCACCUGACCUGCUUUGAGUCGUGCUGGGGUGGGGGGUGGGGGACACUGUGCAGUUGCUUUCUAAAGAACAUUGUCUUGAUUUUUUUUCUUUUUUUUUUUCGCACAAAAGCUUCCUUAAUGAACAAUAAAAACUUCCAUAAACCAACCAGCUUGCAUGUUUUAUUUUUCUGGAUGGCAAAGGUUCUUGCUGAGGUUCCCUGGACUGCAGGGCCAGGAGAAGGCACAUCCCAAGAUGUCACUGGCAACCUGGGCCUGAAUGGAUUCAGGUUCUCAUUAGGGCUGCAUGUCCCAUCAAGCCUUUGUUCUUCUGCACAGGGUUGCAGGUGGAAGAGGCUUGCCUGGGAUUGCUGCCGCUCUCUUCCCUGGACAAACACAAUGCCUGGUGUGAGGCAACAGCCCCGUGUUGCAAUCCCCAGAGGGACUUUUGAUACUGGCCUUCCCUGCUGCCUCGCAUUUAGUGUGGCUCCCUGUGUCUCCUUAUUCCUUGAUUCCAAAUAAGAUUCAGAAAUGUCAUUUAAAGGCCGGGAACUUGGUG